AUCGCUCGCUACUUUUGUUGACUUUUUCGCUCGCGUACAUGGAAAUUAUCUGAAUUUUAAAGCUUGCGUGGGGUUAGAAGAAAAGAAGAUUCAUCAUUCCAUUCACUCUCUUCCAUCAACUUUGAUUCGGGAAAAUGUCUUCUCCAAAACAACAAAAUGGCUAUACACUGGCCAUCAUUGGCUGUGGUACGAUGGGUGUUGCAAUCCUUUCGGGUGUCUUGGACAGCAAAAAGAUGAUGGAAGCACGUAGAGCAGCAUCAGCAGUAUUAUCACAAUCCAUGUCAAACGGUUCAACAACACCCGUCUCAAAUGGUGGAAAUGGAUCAAGCUCUCAACAACAAGAACUCUCGGCUUCGAUUGCAUCUUUGUUGGAGUUGGAAGAUGGUGAUGAUGCAACAACUCAAAAUGCAACUCAAUUACCAACCAAAUUCUUGGCUUGCGUUAAUAGACAAGAAUCAGCAAGAAAACUCAAAAAGACGUUUGAAGAUCAUGAGUGUGUUGAAGUGAUUUGUAAGGAUAACUUACGUGCUGCUCGUGAAGCAGAUGCUGUCAUCAUUGCAUGCAAACCACAAAUGGUUGCUGAUAUCCUUCAACAAGAAGGAAUAAGGGAAGCUUUGCGUAAUAAAUUGGUUUGCAGUAUUUGUGCAGGUUUGACCAUCAAGGGUAUCCAGGCUCAUGUGGACAAAGAGACCACAGUCGUACGUGCUAUGCCCAAUACACCAUCAAAAAUCCGAGAAGGUAUGACAAUUCUGACACCCUUGCCCGCAACGAUUGAAGGAGCGUCUGAAUCACGCAACAGAUUGGUCGCCAUCUUUUCAGCAGUUGGAAAAUGCAGAAUUCUUGAUGAGAAGCACUUUGACGCAGCAACAGCGCUAGCAGGCAGUGGACCUGCGUUCGCAUGUGUAUUUUUAGAAGCAAUGGUAGACGGAGGAGUGAUGAUGGGAAUGCCAAGAUCAGAAGCUUUAGAGCUCGCAGCUCAAACGAUGCAAGGUGCAGCAAGGAUGGUAUUACAAUCAGGAAUGCAUCCUGCCGCAAUCAAAGAUAGUGUUACAACUCCAGGUGGCUGUACGAUUGCUGGCUUGAUGAAUUUGGAAGAUGGUAGAUUACGAUCAACCGUUGCAAGAACAAUUCAAGCCGCUACUGAACAUGCAGCCGGUUUAGGAAUGCCCAAAAAUUGAGAUUCUAAAGCAAUGUACACUUUACAAAACAAAAAUUUCUCACACACACCCAAAAAAGAUUGAUC